CUAUCCAAAGGCAAGUUGUACGAAAAAACCCAAAAGUAAUUUCCAAGAACCAAUCUCACAAACGUGAACUAUAUAUGCUGCAUCCAUUUAUGAGGCAAGUUGUAGGACAAAACCAUAAGUAAGACUGUGAAGUAUAGUGCAUGCAUUUAUUUGUCUUGACCCAGCAAGAAUUAAGUUCCCAACCAGAAAACAAUAAAAACUGUGGGUAUACGUAGAGCUCUGAGUCUCUUUACUAAAAAAUCAUUCCUAAUUCAUGUAUCUCAUCAAACCUUAAUUCAUCUAUGGAUUCUCGAUUUACAUUCUCCAAAUUCUUUUGUGAUGUAUUACCGUGUUUCAGAGACCAUCGUUCUGACAAAUUGCGUCAGGAUGGACUAGAGAAAGGAAUUAAAGAGUCUAAUUCAUCCAUGGAUACUCAUUUUACUCAAGGAGAGCCAUCUGCAUCCUCCAAGUUCUCUUAUGAUGUAUUCCUGAGUUUUAGCGGUAAAGACACCCGAAAAACAUUCUUAGGCCAUCUUGAUAAUAGAUUGCGUCAACAUGGAUUUCAAAUCUUCAAAGAUGAUAAGAGUUUAAGAAAGGGUGAUGUGAUUUCAACGGCACUAGAGGAAGGAAUUGAAAAUUCAAGGAUUUCCAUUGUCGUUUUGUCAACAAAUUAUGCUUCGUCUCGUUGGUGUCUUGAUGAAUUAGUUAAAAUCCUUGAAUGCAAAGAGAAGUUGAACCAAAGAGUUAUGCCUAUUUUCUAUGAUGUUCUUCCUACUGAAGUGCGAAAGCAAACUGGGCAAUUCGGUACAGAAUUUGCUAAACUCAAGAAAAAAUUUGGGACUCAAAGAAUGAAGAAGUGGAAAGAUGCACUUAACGAAGUUGCAAAUUUAUCAGGAAGCGAAUUGCGAGAACUUGCUAACAGGUGUGAAUCAGAAUUUAUUGAAAUUAUUAUACAAGAUGUCGAAAAAGAGGUCAGCCAGACACCUCUAGAUGUUGCUUCUCACCCAGUUGGAGUAGAUUCUCGUGCCAAAGAUAUAAUAGAGUCGUUAUUGCAAAAUGGACGUGAACAUGAAGUUAGCAUGGUUGGUAUACAUGGAGUUGGUGGAAUCGGAAAAACAACUCUGGCAAAAGAAAUGUACAAUCGGUUAUCUCAACAUGGACACUUCGAUGGUAGUUGCUUCCUUUCAGAUGUUAGAUCACAAGAUGAAAAAAUUGGUCUACACAAGCUACAAGAGAAACUUCUCAAUAUACUUCUCAAAACCGAGGACGUCAAAGUUAACAAUGUUGAUGACGGCAUCACCAAAAUCAGAAGAAGACUCGGGUCAAAGAAGGUUCUACUUGUUCUUGAUGACGUGGAUCAUAUAGACCAAUUAAAAUCCUUAGCAAGAGAAAGAAGUUGGUUUGGUUCGGGUAGUUUAAUAAUCAUUACAACCCGAAACAAGCGAGUGCUACAUGAGCUUGGAGAAAAAGAGAGAUAUGAGGCCAAACUAUUAAAUGAUGAUGAAGCUAUGUUACUUUUUUGUAGCCAUGCUUUUGACAAUCCUUCUCCACCACAAGAUUAUGUUAAUUUGGCACAAGACAUAAUCAAAUAUUCAGGUAGGCUACCAUUAGCUCUUGUGACAUUGGGGUCACAUUUGCAUGGAAGAUCAAUAGAAGAAUGGAAAUCUGAAUUCAAGAAACUAAAAGCAAUUCCUCAUGAAGAUAUCCAAAAGAUUCUCAAGAUAAGCUUUGAUGGACUUGAUCAUGAUACAAAGACUGUUUUUCUUGAUAUUGCAUGCGCCUUCCAUGGGUUUCCUGAGGAUGAAGUUACCAAAAUACUAAAUGCAUGUGGUUUUCAUACUCAAAGUGAAGUUGCAACUUUAGUCCAAAAACACUUGCUCCAAAGGGAAAUUGAAUGGUACCUUGGGAAGAACCAGCUUUGUUUGGUGAUGCAUGAUCUAGUGCGAGAUAUGGGAAGAGAAAUCGUUCGCAAAGAAUCACUUCCACACCCUGGAAAACGGAGUAGAUUAUUCAAUCCUAAAGAAGUUUGUGAUGUUCUACAAGGAAAUAAAGUCAGUAAAUCCUUUUUCUUUAUCUUGGUUCUACUUUUCCUUUUCCAUUUGUUUGCUUAUUGCUUUAAUUUCUAUUGUCACACAUCAUUGAAUAAGGAUUUAAUUUUUCUUAAUUAUUAA